UUGCUUCCUUUUCAUAUCUGCUGUAAGAUAAAUAAUGCCAAAAUAAAGAGUCAUUCAUUCAUUUGUUUAACUGAAGACGAUAACGAUAAUUAUGAUUCAAUAAUAGACAUUUAAAAUAUUCAAUUCUACUUAUUCAGUUUCCUCAUUCGAGACGUAAUAGUAAGCUCACAGUGGCUCCUAUCCUCAAGAUCCAGAUCUUCCCAGAGCUUGGUUCAUAACUAUUCUUAACACACGACCUUCCACAAGACCUUUCGUCCAACAAAACUCAUAAGAGACAACCCAGAUUUUGUAUAAUAAUCGAAUACGCCAACACGAUAAUCAUUUUGAGACAUCAAUCGCCAUGAAACGAGCACGAUUUCCUAGCGGGAUGGAGCGUCGAAAGUCCUCUACUCCUCACUACCAUACCUUCCCUACUCCACCACCCAAGUCUCGCGGCAGACCUCCAAUGACAUCAACAUCUUCAUUUGGUGGGAAUGGAUCUGCGAAUCCGAAUUCGAAUGAAGAAGAGACCGAAGAAGAACAUCAUCAAUCUCCUCUGCCAAAGAAACAACUUGCCAUAUUAGCAAUCAUCGCACUGGCCGAACAAACCGCAUUGAAUUCGAUAUCUCCAUACCUUCCCCAAAUGACCUCCAAAUUUCCAGAAGUCGAUCCGAGUCAAAUAGGAUUAUAUGUGGGAACUAUAGCGUCAGCUUUUGCUCUCGCGCAAUUUACAACGAAUUUUUUCUGGGGAUGGUUAUCUGAUAGGAUAGGGAGGAAGCCAGUAGUAAUGCUUGGAACUCUUUUGACAUCAGCUUGUUUUAUUGCUUUUGGAUUCUGUAGGACUUUAUGGCAAGCUGUUUUGAUACAAGCGCUUAUGGGUAUGGUCAAUGGGAAUCAAGGUGUGAUUAGUACAUGUUUGGGAGAGAUCACGGAUCGCAGCAAUCAGAGUAGGGCAUUUGUCUAUCUGCCUGUCAUUUAUGGAAUUGGAGGCAUAACCGGACCGGCUUUGGGUGGAUUGUUGAUUUUCGAAGAGAAUCCAUUCGACAGAGGGCAUCCAAACCCUUAUCCAUAUUUACUGCCGAAUUUGUUUGCGGCAUCCAUAUUAUUGCUCGACUUAGUGAUGACGGGUUGUUUCCUGGAAGAAAGUCUAGAGGAAGCAAAAAAUCUUCCACCCUUGAAGCACCGAAUGAAAAGUCUUUUCACCUGGAUCUGGCAAUUUGCAGGAGGAGCUCGCCAUCCAACCUAUACACGAAGCCCUUCUCAACGCGCAUUGCUUCAUGACUCUGAUGCUUCGGACGAAGAAGACUCCGAAGCUUCAUCACUCCUUUCAAUGGGCGACUUCUUUCACUCAUCCAACGACGCUCAUUUGAGCUACAAGGAAGUUCUCAAUCGUGAUACCGUACUACUUCUCGGUACAUAUCUCAUCUUUCAACUUUCCAACAUUUCCUUCAACUCUCUCUACCCCAUCUUCGCAUCAGCACCUGAGCGUACUGGACGAGCGCUCUCUCCUUCUGAGAUAGGUCUUUCUCUCUCCUUUGCAGGAAUAGUUACAAUUGUUUUCCAAGUCGGCAUAUUCGGUAAACUCAAAGAAAAGAUGGGAAAUAAAGCAACUUAUAGAGCAGGUCUUUUACUUUUUUUCGUUUCCAUGAUGCUCAUGCCUUGGGUGGGAUAUAAAGAUUCCCCAGCAUUUUUGGGUAUUGGGAAUGGUAAAUUAUGGUUAUGGAUCGAACUUGGUUUUGUCUUGCUAUUGAAGACUGUGGCUGCCGUGGGAGGAUUAACAAGUGCCUUAUUACUUAUUACAAAUUCUGCGCCUAACCAUGGUGUACUGGGCACAUUGAAUGGAUUGGCACAGACUUUGAGCGCGGCGGGAAGAGCAGCAGGUCCUUUCUUGAGUGGAGGAUUAUUUACCUUGGGAACAAGAAUUCAUAAUGGAGGAUUUCUCACCUGGGGCAUUUUUGGUGGGAUCGCUUUGGUAGGAUUUGUUUUUAGUUGGGGAAUUAGAGGAAAAGAUUUAGAGAGUGAGGAUUGGAGUGAAGAGGAGGAAAGUGAUGAAGAAAGUGGAAGUAGUGAUGAUCUAGAAGCUGGACGAUGAUAAAGAGGUUGUUUGGGAGACUUCUUGUUUUGGCCUCGUGUGUUAUAUUAUUACAAAUUCUUUUAUUUUGGUGUGUUUUCUGUUGGGAAAGAGUCGUAUUAUAGAUGCUUUUGGCAUUCUGGUUCAGGGUAAUCAAAUCAUUGGGUGGUAAAGGCGUUAGCGGGUGUAGGUAGGCGUAUAGAGGAAAUAUGGACAGCGAGAGAGAGAGGAUGGUAGACUCUCAACGGAGAUGCGAACAUAAAGAUUACAUGAGCAACGUACAUAUAUUGUGGAUACUAGAGUAGAAGUAUUAAUUCAUUUUUAAGAUUAUAUCGUUUGUUUGGUUUAUUCUCAUUCUUCUCUGUUGUGCUGAAACUAUCUCGUAGAUUUUAUAACUUAACUACGAGUACAAGACCUUGAUAUUUUGCAAUUUGUUUGAAGUGAUUAUUUCUUGGGAUAGUUUAGGUGAUAAGCCUUGUCACAUUCCAUAUUGUGUAUGUUCAUCCAUCCAACUACACGCAAAUUCAUAUAGUCUGGCUUCCCAGGCCCGUUUCCAUAUAAUUUCACCUACCGCGCUGGAACUUAUUCCAUCCUUUUCAAAAUCAAUAAAGCAAGAUCUACAUACUUCUUUCCCCUCUCCUCUCCUCCCUUUCCGUCCCAUGCAACCUUCGGAUCUCCGGGCUUGUAUCAUACCAUUUUAUACUUAUCGAUGCCAUCGUCGCCGUCUCUUCCAGCUGUACAAGCGGAUCUUUUGUCUUGUUCUCUCAUAACAAUACCCCAUUUCCAUUCCCACCUGCCCCCCCACCCCCCACCACACAAGAAUCCUGCGCCAUUCAUUCUGUCAUAUCAUAAUGUCCACCUUGAGGUAACUCUGCAAUCUCAGGGUGUGUUUUCUCUCGAUUUCCUUUUAGGCUUAUACGG